UUUAGUUUUUGGGUUUGAGUGAGGUUACUUUACUGUUGAUGUUUUGUUUUAGUUAAUAUUUAUUAAUAUUGUGGUUUGUGGUUAUUAGAAUGCAUUAAACAAUAUAGACCUAAUAUUUUUUUUCAUGGUUAUGCCAAUGUGCAUUAUGUUAAUUAAUUUACAGUAAAAGUAUUUUCACCAGAGAGAUUGGAACCUGGAAACUCCCAUUCUCUAAGUUAGGGCCCAGUUAGGCCCUAGUUCAUAUUUUAAUUUAGGCCUAACAUGCUAACAGGCUUCCUUGUAUAACAUUCUGUAACGUAAACUACGCAAUGAGUGAAAAAUUGCGGGAAUUGAAAGAGAGAUCUCAGAAAAGGAAGAAGUUAUUGGCUCAAACGUUGGGUGUAUCAAAUGUGGCCGAGCUAAGGCAAGCUCUAGGGACAGCCAUUGAACCAACCCCUCAAAAGGUCGUUAAGAAAGAAACUCCUCAACCUGAAACAACCCAAGAGAAGUCAAAAAAGGAAGAAACCUCUGAUGAGUUUGUUUACAAGGACUCUUCAACAUUUUUGAAGGGAACACAAUCAUCAAAUCCUCACAAUGAUUAUUGUCAGCACUUUGUAGAUACAGGUCAAAGACCUCAGAACUUCAUACGAGACGUUGGCCUGGCAGACAGGUUUGAAGAAUAUCCUAAGCUGAGAGAGCUUAUCAAGCUGAAGGAUGACCUUAUAGCCACAACUGCCACUCCGCCAAUGUUUCUGAAAUGUGAACUGCAAACUUUCAACUUCAAGGAGCUUAACAACAAGUUUGACGUCAUUCUUGUUGAGCCCCCAUUGGAAGAAUACCAGAGAACUAUGGGAGUCACUAACACACAGUUCUGGAGCUGGGAGCAGAUUAUGCAACUUGACAUUGGAGAAGUGUCGGCCAAUCGCAGUUUCGUGUUUUUGUGGUGUGGGUCCUCGGAGGGUCUAGAUAUGGGCCGCUUCUGUCUACGCAAGUGGGGCUUUCGUAGGUGUGAAGACAUCUGCUGGAUACGCACCAAUGCUAAAAAUCCUGGCCAUUCCAAAAACAUUGAGUCAAAAGCAGUAUUUCAAAGAACUAAAGAACAUUGUCUGAUGGGUAUAAAAGGAACAGUCCGGCGUUCUACAGAUGGAGAUUUCAUACAUGCAAAUGUAGACAUUGAUCUGAUUAUCAGUGAAGAGCCAGAGUAUGGAUCAUUGGAGAAACCUGUUGAAAUCUUCCACAUCAUUGAACACUUUUGUCUCGGCCGCAGAAGACUGCACGUGUUUGGACGAGACAGUACCAUCAGGCCGGGUUGGUUGACUUUAGGACCAGAGUUGACCAAUAGCAACUUCAACGCUGAUCUGUAUGCGAGCUACUUCAACCCCUCGUCUAUUACCACUGGGUGUACCGAGCGCAUUGAAGCACUAAGGCCUAAAUCUCCCCCUGCUAAGGGCAAAGCCCCAGGCAACCGGGGGCGAGGAGGGUUCUCUAGAGGUAGAGGUCGAGGUGGGUCUAGGUAGUUGGAUUGAUUUUU